AAAUUGGUAACCAGCAGCUUUGACUAUGAUCACUCCACCAGGUGUCAAAAGCUAUCUACACCUUUACAACUAUACCCAACAACAACUACAACUACAACUACAACACAACUUGGUUGAUGUAAAUGUAAUCACCGUUUCGUGCAUAUACGGCGGCAUCAAACUCAAAAAAAUCUCUACUUUUUCCAAACCCUAAUUCCCCCUUUCUUUAAUCUCUCUUCAAGAUCCAAUUUUUCACCCUCAAUUCCACCUAAAGAUCCACCCACAUUCCAAGAUUUUCAUCAACAAACAAAACCCACAAAUCUUUUUCUUAAAAAAUUAUGGAUUCUCGUGAAUCUUUAGCUCCCCCACCACUACAACAACCGCAACGCCACCAGCCCCACCACCAGCACCACCACCAGCUUCCACCAGGGAUGAUGAUGCCACCCAAUUACCACCACCACAUGCCCAACACUUCCACAACUGCUGUUAACAACAAUAAUAACACUAGUAACAUCAUAACCCAUGAAUCUUUGCAGCAGAGGUUUGCCUUUGAUGGGUCGGAUCAGUACGGUGAUGGAUCGUCGCCUCCGGGUGGGUUUCGGCCCGGAGGGUUUAACAUUGAGCCGGCCCGGAAGAAGAGGGGCCGGCCCAGGAAGUAUUCGCCGUCCCCUGAUGGCAACAUUGCUCUCGGGUUGGCUCCGGCGCCGGUUAGUGGUGGCGCGGGUGGGGGCGGUGGGAAUUUGGAGAGUGCGAAUGAUGGCGGUGGAGGCACGCCGAAUACUGAUUCCGCUGCGAAGAAGCACCGCGGAAGGCCGCCGGGUUCAGGGAAGAAGCAGUUGGAUGCUUUAGGUGCACCUGGUGUCGGUUUUACUCCUCAUGUCAUCACGGUUAAAGCAGGAGAGGAUAUAGCCUCAAAGAUGACUGCAUUCUCACAGCAAGGUCCUCGUACUGUUUGUAUCCUUUCAGCAAAUGGUGCCAUAAGCAACGUAACUCUUCGUCAGCCUGCAAUGUCUGGCGGCACUGUAACAUAUGAGGGCCGGUUUGAGAUAAUUUCUUUAUCGGGCUCGUUCCUGCUGACAGAUAGUGACGGUAACCAAAGCAGCAGGUCAAGUGGAUUGAGCGUUUCCCUUGCAGGUUCAGACGGUCGGGUUUUGGGUGGUGGAGUUGCUGGGUCACUGGUUGCAGCAACACCCGUACAGGUGGUUGUCGGUAGCUUCAUCACAGAUGCGAAAAAACCAAAAUCAAGCAGUGGUCCAACGACACCAGCAACAAACAUGUUAAACUUUGGUAGUGGCGGUGGCGGUGGUGGGUCCGUGCCCGGUGCUAGUCCAGCAUCUGACGGACCAUCAAGCGAGUCAUCUGACGACAGCGGCAGCAGCCCUCUUCAUCGGCACCCGGGGUCCUACAACAACGCUAGCCAACAACCGCAACAACAACAAGCUCCGCCACCGCAGAUGCCCAUGUAUUCCAACAUGGGCUGGCCAAACUCCACCAUGAACAUGCUCCGUAAUUGAAGUUGAGUUGAGUCGGUUAUCGGUAUCCUUGUAACAUAGGAUCUUGAUUACUAUGUUUGGUUAUUGUGCUAUUUCGAAUUGAUUUGUAGAAGUCGUAAUCUAGGAAUCAGAUUGGAUGUGCUUGUUGUUUAGCCGCGGUAUCAAUCUAGGAUUAAUCUUGAUGUUUUUUAUUUGUAUCCGAGUUAUCUUAUUUUUUUUCAAUUCAAAUUAUUCGCUGUUUCGUUUCAAA